GUGCUGUUUCUCUACAUCCUGGGUGCUUGGCAAAGAAGUGGUUUUGGAAAAGGCGAUAGUAUAGCUUAGAGAUCACCAAACGGACAGACUGCAGUAUUGUCUCGAAUCUUAAUUAUGAGACCCCUCGUGAAGAUGGUUCUGGGAUUGAUGAUUCGCAGUCAGUACAGAAGGAUUUUGAGCCAUGUGAUGAUAAGUACAUUGAUUACACACUUUGUCAAGAUCAAAUGAGGGCAAUGACAUUUCCUCGAGAAAAUAUGAACUAUAGGGAAAGGCAUUGUCCUCCUGAUGAAGAGAAGCUGCAUUGCCUUAUUCCUGCACCACAAGGAUACACGACUCCAUUUCCCUGGCCAAAGAGUCGUGACUAUGUUCCAUAUGCAAAUGCACCUUACAAAAGCUUGACAGUUGAGAAGGCUGUUCAAAACUGGAUUCAAUAUGAGGGUAAUGUGUUUAGGUUCCCAGGUGGAGGAACACAAUUUCCUCAUGGUGCAGAUGCCUAUAUUAAUCAACUUGCAUCUGUGAUACCAUUAGACAAUGGCAUGGUUAGAACUGCACUUGACACUGGAUGCGGGGUUGCUAGCUUUGGCGCAUACCUGUUCAAGAAAAAUGUGAUAGGAAUGUCAUUUGCACCAAGAGACUCUCAUGAAGCACAAGUUCAGUUUGCUUUAGAAAGAGGUGUUCCAGGUGUUAUUGGUGUCCUUGGAACCAUAAAGCUUCCAUAUCCUUCUAGAGCCUUUGACAUGUCUCAUUGUUCUCGUUGCUUGAUUCCAUGGGGUGAAAACGAUGGAAUGUACAUGAUGGAAGUCGAUCGAGUUCUUAGACCUGGUGGUUAUUGGGUGCUUUCUGGUCCCCCAAUUAACUGGAGGACUAAUUUCCAAGCAUGGAGCCGCCCUAAAGAAGAACUUGAGGAGGAGCAGAGGAAGAUUGAAGAGAUUGCCAAUCUUCUUUGCUGGGAAAAGAAGCAUGAGAUGGGUGAAAUUGCCAUCUGGAGGAAAAGAGUAAACUAUGAUCACUGUCAUCAGCAAAAUGUGAGACGUAAAAUGUGUCAAUCCAAAAAUGCAGAUGAUGUCUGGUACAAGAAGAUGGAAGCAUGCGUUACUGCUUAUCCUGAGACUACUAAGGCAGAUGAAUUUGCUGGAGGAACAUGGAAACCAUUUCCUGAGAGACUAAAUGCUGUUCCUUUCAGAAUAUCCAGUGGAUCUAUCCCUGGAGUAUCCAUUGAGACAUACCAGCAGGAUAACCAGUCAUGGAAGAGGCACGUGAAUGCUUACAAGAGAGUCAACAAACUUAUUGAUUCAGGAAGGUAUCGGAACAUCCUGGAUAUGAAUGCUGGUCUGGGAAAUUUUGCAGCUGCCCUUGAAUCUCCCAAAUUGUGGGUUAUGAAUGUUAUGCCGACAAUAGCUGAGACAGACACACUUGGUGUUAUAUACGAGCGCGGAUUGAUUGGCAUAUAUCAUGAUUGGUGUGAAGCAUUCUCGACUUAUCCUCGAACUUACGACCUCAUUCAUGCAAAUGGGUUAUUCAGCUUGUAUAAAAAUAAGUGCAGUGCGGAAGAUAUACUUUUGGAGAUGGAUCGUAUUUUACGGCCUGAAGGAGCAGUCAUAUUUCGAGACGAAAUGAAUGUGCUAAACAAGGUAAAAAGAAUUGUGGGAGGGAUGAGGUGGAACACCAAAAUGGUGGAUCAUGAAAAUGGGCCUCUUGUUUCAGAGAAGAUACUCUUUGCCGUAAAAAGGUAUUGGGUUGCAGGAGAAAGUAAUUCGACAUCUUUAGAGUGAAACAGACAAGACAUAGAAAUUCAAACAUUCAUCAGAAAGUCUACUCUUCUUUUUCUGAUUAAAUCCAAAGAACCAAAUUAUAGCAACCAUAGGUGUCUCAGCAAGUAGUAAGCCAGGUUGGAUAUGGCUUGUCAAUCAUUUGUUAAUUAUUGGUUCAUGUUUUUUUGAUGUGGAUAUACCAUAUAGAUAAGUUAUUUCCUUUUAAAAUCCCCAUGUGAUCUAUGAUCAUUUUCCUUUGACCAUUUUAUUCUUUUCCUGCCUCAUAUGUUCCCUAAUUAAUUUCAGUCCUUGGUCUGUAAGGAAUGCAAUUUUGGCUUCAAUGAGUGGAUGUGGAGUAAAAAAUUUUGGGAGUUUCUCCUUUUA